CAUUUACUGAUUAACAUGGGAGGGCACAGCUUUUGACAUGUUUCAGCAUCUGUGAAUGCUUAAGUGAAACUAGUAUUGUGCUCCAUCACAUCAGGUCAUGUCUGCUUAAACUUCACAUAGCCCUCCAACUGGCUCCAACAGUCCGUGCAAAAGUUAUGUUUAGUAUUGAUUGCGCAGAUAGAAUAUGUGAGCUAGCUGCAGUUACAUAUUUGUUUCAUUGCUGAUUUCUUGAGAAUGAAAACAAAGUUGGAGAAUAAUGAGUCAUGAUACACGUUCUCGAAUGUGAAUUACUGAAUAUACGGAAAACAAAGACCCCUAUUGGUGUCUCCAAUGUCGUAAUCAACUACUCAUGUGUCCUGUAUGAAUGCUUGCAGCCAUGUUUUGAUUGAGCACCAUAGUUUCUGUUCAUGUCUAUUUCAUAUUUUCAUGAGUGCUGCACACUUAAUUGUGUUGUGUGCUUAAAUCAGGUUGCUUUUACAUUGCCUGCCAUUGUAAACUUUCUUGUCUGAAAGAAUGAGCUAGUCUGUAUUCUACAUUUCUGUACUUAAACAUGUCUGAGUGUUAAUCAACUCCUUUAAAAUGAUAUAUGUAUCUACUUGCAUAAGCUUUGUCAUACAAGUGAUAUUGGUAUCAAAUUGUUGUCUUGUGUCCUUCCCAUAAAAUUGUCUAUUGUCUUUAGGUUUUGAUGGCUCAAUAGAAUAAUCCAAACAAAAGGUUAGUAUGUGUCUAUUGUCUGGAUGUUUUGCCCUCUGUUUAUGGAAAAUUCAUAGAUGAAACUGGUAGUUCAUCACUUCAUCAUAUAUCUGGUAACUUAGGCUGCCAAGUCUUUCUCCUAAAUUAUUACAUUGAUAAAGAUUAAAAGUAGAGUAUGAUGUAUUUGUUCAUGAUAUCCUCAUUCUGAUGUACAUCGCUGGAAUCUGAUAGUGAUCGAUGACCAUUUAAAUGAAUGUAUAAGAUUUAUUUGUGUGGCCAUAUGUAUGAAUGCAACCAUUUUUCUAGUGAUGACUGUAGUUUUAUGCCCAUGUCUAUCAGCACUAAUCCUAUGCAGCUGCUUUAUUUUUUAUUUCCUUAUAUCAGAUCAGUUUUACUUUGCAUGCUAUUAUAAACUUUCUUGAGUGAAAGGGUGAAAUAAAUAAACAUUUAGUUACUAGAGUGUAGUGAAAUUAUUUAACUGCCAGGAGACUACGGUAGUGUGUCAUUUCAUACCUUAGUUCCUGCAUAAGGAUUCUGGUAUAGAUACCACUAGGGCUUGGGCAAAUGUUUCAUUGGCGUGCUACAAGCUGCAAACGAUCACCAGUUGUUUCUUUUGUUUGAACUGGAUGAUACCAAUAAAAAAACUAUUUGAACUGGAUGGUACUGAUAUAUUUUUCAACUCAGAGAUAAUGCUGCUGGACUUGACUUUUUUCUGUGUUUACAUCCCUUUUUGACUUUUUUAUUAUUAUGGAUUUAUGCUACAAUUAAUAUUGCGCCUACACAAGAAAUACGGUAGUACCAUUUGGAUUAGGUUCGUAAGAUUUUGCAAGUUACACAGGGCGCAGUGUAUUGACAAAACCAUGUUACUAUAUCUUGCCUCUUCUGCUUUCUGAAGUGCACAUGGGGUGCAUAUCGCGUGGUUGGGAUUUUAUCGUUUAAAAUCUUGUUUACUGUUGACUUGAAGGCUGUGGAGCAUGUGGUUGAUCCAGCGCUUCUCCCAAUCCUACCAUGGAGAACGGGAUCGGAUCAUCUCAGUAUCUUCUCUCCAGAAUACUCUACUGUAUAUCCACAUCUGUUCAGGUCCAUAAACUGGUAUGAGGUUAACUGGCUGCUCACAAGUUCCAGUCUUAAUUGAGAUCACUAACCGAGCAGCUCUCUACAAUCAAGUGCAGAUUUGAGUUUCGCUUCGGGAUUCAGGAGCCGGCGGUCGAUAUGGCCUCAAUUGCGCAGUUUAUUGCUGUGAUCCUGCUACAUCUCUGCAUCGCGUCCUCCUUACAGUUCGAUCCAUUACGCCUAAGCGAGGAAGAGCACGACUACCUCCGCUUCGCUGACGUCAGACGCCAUUGCCAGUCCGUGCUCUCCUCAGCCACCAAGCUACCCUACAACACCAACCGCCCCAACAACAUGAAGAACCAGCUAUCCUUCGAGAAGGGUGACUGGGGCCAGGACGCCGGCAAAGCGCCUUUGGUCCCAUUCGAUGGUGGCGAGGCGCCGAAGAAGGGCGCUCAACGGUUGCCUGAUCCGCUGUCCCUCGCAACAUUCGUGCUCACGCAUGUUGAGGGCGACUCGGAGGACCGUGCAAGGGCAGCAGCCGUCAAUGUCAGCGGCGUCCUCGUCCUUACCGUCGCCUGGAAGAACGAAGUGCCGGACUUGGGGCCCCACAUAUCGGUCGUGUCUCCAGGGUUCAACCUUUCGGCCGGGAGCACCAGGCUCCAGAUUAUAUUUGAAGGCGUGUACACGGAGACUGCAAAGGGCAGUAACGGUGAUGAUGCCGGCGAGCGGGUGCUCUGCAUGGUCGGGAGAGCUGUUCUGCCGAAGCGCAGCACCCAUGGCGUUGACCCGUGGGACUGGGCCAAGAACUCCGGCCGGAGGAGCUUCCAGCCGCCGGUCACCGCUGACAACAACAUACUGCUCGUGCUAAGGUAUCCGAAGAAGCUGACACUGACAACCCGAGCGGUGUUCGGCAAGAUGGAGAGCACGAGCUCCGUGUCGGCUGACUCCUACUUCGACACCGUGCAGCUCAUAUCAGCGCUCAUGUCGUGCUGCCCGUACCAUUUUCGACCCGAAGAACUCGCCGCCGGAGUGGGUGACGCGCUCUCUGCGGGCGGUGCGGACAACGUGGUGUCCAACCGUGCAAGGGAUGCAUACAAGGCAACCUAUCCGUGCGAAGCUCUUAACCGCCACGCGUUCAGUGGACAAGACAUCACCGUGCUCCCCGGAUGGCACUGCAACUCCACAGCGGGCGCGUCGUGCCACGGCAUCGGGCCAUUCGAGAUGGACCGGGCAGAAGAUGCUGAUGUGCUCGCCGGGGUUCGCAUCAUAAUGCAGGACCUCCAGUGCAUGGAGCAGCAGGGCUACGGCAUGGGCGGCGCGGCUGGCACCGCGAUGGUUUCGGUGGUGUUCCGCGCCCUGUCCCCAUGGGAGGACACGGGCACGGCAAUGUCGCGGUCCGGGCUGAGCGGGAAGACGCUAUCAGCGGAGGGGGUGUGGAACGCAUCGACAGGGCAGGCCUGCAUGAUGGCAUGCCGCGGCACGGUGGGCAGGAAGGCGUGCGACUUCAGGGUGUGUAUGUUCUUCCUGACGACGAUGUCCAUCACCCGUCUAGACACCAUGCUGGGACAGAUAAACGCCGUCGACGCCGGCGGCCAGGUGGUACACCCGCCCCUUCUGUCGUUUCGGCAGCGCAUGAGUACCCCACGUCUCUGGGGAUUCAACCCUGACGUUGUGCCGUACAAGUACAACUACACGAAGCUUGACCUGGCCGUCGAGCUGCGCCAGAGGAGUGGAUCGCCGUUCGACUUGCGCAAGAUCGUCCCACAGUCUCUGCCCCUGAGCUACCCGAAGAGAAGCCCGUCCUCCUUUUCCCUGGCUCGUAUGCUCACUCUCUUUUUCUUGACCGUUCCAGGCAUGUUCCGACAGGAAUGGAGUGAGCAGCCGGUCCUUCACUUGGAGGUCUUUUUCGUCGGGCAGCUCAUUAAUCCCUAUACGCCCUCGGACGCCUCAUCAGGCAUACAAAGAAAUGAGACUGGAUCGCAGGGGCAUCCGUUGCUCCUCAAUGUGUCAGCCGAGCUCAAACUGUUUCAGGGCAGCCGGCCUCGAAACCCAGUAAUGUCUUUGGAAGGCGUGUACAGUCAAGACGACGGCCGGAUGCACAUGGUCGGCUGCCGGGAUGUCCGUCUUCCGCGGCGAAACUCUUCGGCCACGGCCAGCAGCAGCAGAGACCUGCAACUCGAGGAAGGAAUGGACUGCUCCAUCGAGGUGAAAAUCGAGUACCCGCCAACCACAAUGCACCGGUUCAUCAUGUCGACGGCCAAGGUUCAGAUAGCGAGCACGAGGAUGGCUGCGGACUCGCUGCAUUUCGACACGCUGAAGAUCAGGGCUCUACCUGUCAAUUACCCGCAGCAGCAGCCGGGUGGGUUCUACCGAGGCGUCGUCAAUGGCGUGCUCUGCAUUGUGCUCUUGUCAGCCACCAUCUCCGCUCUGCUCACCCAGCUGCGCUACCUCAAGUCGCACGCUGACGUGGCGCCGUACAUCUCCCUUGUCAUGCUCGGCGUCCAGGCUCUCGGUUACGGCAUGCCGCUUGUCACCGGUGUCGAGGCAAUCCUGGCGAGGGUCACCUUGGGUGACGGUGCCACGGCCCCGUCUUCCGGCCGGACUCCCUACUACAUGUUCGACUGGGGACGGCUGUGCGAGUCCAUCGACCAGGCGGUGAAGAUCCUCAGCCUGUGCGCGCUCGUCCUCACGCUGCGUCUCGGACAGAAGGUGCGUCGGUCCAGGGAACACUUGGCAGCGCGGUCGCCUCUGGACCCGGCGCGCGUGCCGAGCGACGGCAAGGUCUUCGUCUACCACUGCGGCAUUCACCUUGUCCUCUUGGUGCUCAUCCUCGCGCUGAACAGGGGGGCCGUGACCGUGGAGCAGCAGGUCGCGCUGAUGCAGGACCUGUUCCUGCUCCCGCAGGUGAUGGGCAACGCGGUGUGGCGCGUCAACUGCAGGCCGCUCAAGGGGAGCUUCUACGUCGGCGUCACCGCCGUGCGCCUGCUACCACAUGUGUACGACUACGUGCGGCCCAGUGCUGCGUUUGCCGGCGCACACUACUCGGGCAUGCAGGACUUCAUGGGUGCCGCCAGCGCCAGCGGUGGACGAUUCUUUGUCAAGGCCGGCGAUGUCGUUAUACCGCUCGCCGCCGUUGCGCUCGCGCUCGUGUUGCACGCCCAGCAGCGGUGGAAUUACGCGAUUGUUAGUAGGAUGGGCAGUCCUGAGCAGAAGAAGCUGCAGCACAUCUUCUAGCACUUCCUCUAGGUGCGUGUCGGCUUCAUCCAAGCAUGGUUAAGAUGAUGUAGUGGUUUGCACGAACUGAAAACAACUCAUGCCAAGGGCAUAGUUCUGAGACUAGAUAUCGAGAAAGCAUAUGAUAAAAUUCACCGAUCUUCAUUCGAGAUGUCCUAAAAAAGAAGGGUUUCUGUGAACUCUGGAUUGAAUGGAUAUUGGUAGUUUAGACGGGCAAAGUCUAAUAUAAAUGGCGAAUAUGGAGAAUAUUUUCGCACUUAUAAAGGGUUGUGGCAAGGCAGCCCUUUAUUCCUGCUACUUCUUUUAUAGUUGCUAAUGCUUUGGGAGCUAUGACUACGGCAGCUAGAGACAGAGGUCACUUGCAAGGCUUGGUUCAACAUCUGGUGGCAGGUGGAAUCACGCAUUUACAGUACGCAGACGAACAAUGCUCUUUUCUUAGAAUUGAAUGAUCAAUCUAUGAUUACCAUGAAGUUGCUGCUGUAUUGCUAUGAGGCAAUGUCAGGUUUGAGUAUCAGAAAAGCGAAAUUUUUGUUCUUGGGGUGGGUAAAGAAGAACAAGAGCGUGUGGCUAACUUGUUCAAUUGUGAAACUCGGGUCUUCCCAAUGAAAUAUCUGGGAGUUCCAGUUUCUGACGAAAAACUGCUGACAUCCUACUUUGAUUUCUGGCCAAAUAAAAUUCAGAAGAGGUUAGGGAUGUGGUAGCUGCUGUCCUUGGGCUUUAGGAAGAUUUUGAUUGGCGUGCUACAAGAUCAAAUUGAUCACCUGUUGUUUGCUUCGUGUUCCUCUUUUUGCUUCUGCUGAUUUUUUAUUCAAGAUCG